GCGUCCUGCGGGAGCGGGUUUUUAAGGACUUUCGGCCGAGCCGGGGCUGCGGGGCAGAGGGCCUGGGGGAGGGGCGUGGCGCGCGCAGCAGAGCCCCUCGUUCUAACGACCCAGUGGCCCGGCGGAGAGUGGAAGGCAGAGGAAGUAGGAGUCCCGGCCUCCCUUUGAGCCCCACACGGUCCAGCUCCAUGGUCCCCGCCGCCGGCGCGCUGCUCUGGGCCCUGCUGCUGAGUCUGGGGCCCCCAGCGGCGGCGGGGGCCCAAGGCCUGACUUCAGCUGGGACGCAGCGGGUCAGUUUCCGCUCGGGAGGCACGAUGACCCGCAGAUACCGGACCACCCCCCGCACCGGCAUUCCCCCGAAGAGGAAGGUAAUAAUGGAGGAUGAUGAGGAUGACGUCGUGGCCAAUGCUGACCGCUUGGCCGGCCCCGCUGCUGCGGAGCUCUUGGCCAGUACGGUGUCCACGGACAUCAGCAGGUUGCGUUCGUGGGAGCGAGGUGGGGAUGGGUCUUUGGAGGAAGGGGUUAUGAUUAAUGCCCAAAAGAAUAACAGUGACUUAGGGGUCGCCAGUACGAUAUCCAGCACUACAACGAAGUUCACCUCGAGGUUUGCAGCGAACAUCCAGGAUCCAGAAUACAGGCUGACCACAAGCCUGCAGCCCUCCACCUGGAGAUCUGAGAACCCCCAGCACCCACCCGUCUCGGACACCAGCCUGACCCGGUGGCCCACAGCAGGGUCCACCCCCAGACCCCGGAUCUCAACCACAGUCAUGCCUCCUCCCGAAGACCUGAGGCUGGUGCUGAUGCCCUGGGGCCCGUGGCACUGCCACUGCAAGUCGGGCACCAUGAGCCGGACCCGCGCCGGGAGGCUGCAGGGCCUUUCAGGGCGCCUUCGAGUAGGGGCACUGAGCCAGCUCCGUACAGAGCACCGUCCUUGCACCUACCAUCAAUGUCGCUGUGAUCGGCAUCUUGAGGAGUGCCCGCUGGACUCGGACCCCUGUUCUGACGGCAGCUGCAGCCGUGGGACGACCAUCACCACCACCACCACCACCGCCACCAUGGAGCCCCUCAGCGCCCGACUGAGACCCAGCCCCCUGCACUUGGUCAGCCCCAGCCCGGCUCUCCUGUUUUGGAGGCAGGUCAGGACCGGGCUGGAGGAUAUUUGGAACAGCCUCUCUUCAGUGUUCACCAAGAUGCAACCAAUAGACAGAAACCGGAGGUAAUGGCCACUUGAUCUGCGAGAAGAGGUGUCAGCAUCUCAACCCCUCCACCCCUUUCCACCCCGGCCCCCACUGGGUAUUUUCAGUACAGAAAAAACAUUGUUUGGUCUUGUGUCUUUUUCCAGAGUUAUCUGAGGGAUAGACCAAAAAUCUCGUAAAAUGAAAAACUGGGUAGCUAGCAACAUCCUCCUUGAGCCCUUCCCAUCGCCCAGCAUAAAAUGUUGUUCAUCUUCUUCAUUUCCAAAGUUGGUUUUAAACAAGUACUUCUCUCCAAAAACCUCAGAUGAGUGCCAAACAGGAGCUGAGCCCUUAGAAGAUGAUGUGGUCUUGCCUUCCUAAUAUUCAGUCUUCUUUUCUCCACAGAAAGGGCAGUGGUACAAAUCCCAAGUCAGCCACUUUCUAGGAGUUACCGUCAUCAGCCAGAUCUAGCCCAACAUACACCCGUAGUAAUUAAUUACUCUGUGACUAUUUUGCUUAAACUUUUUAUUUGAAAAAAAAAUGUAUUCAGAAGUCCAACAAAUUUUCAAUAUAAAUUAUGACUCUCAAACCUAUUCCCAUCACUCUAAAUAUUGUCAAGUGAUGGUAGCAUACACACUGGAGAAGGUGGCUAAAGGAGAGAGAGCACCAAAGAAAAGAUUGUGUCCAAAGAAUCAGCAUAAGAAUAAGGCCUAAAAUCAGGGUGACGAGAUUCCAGGAGCUGCCGUCUUUCUACCCUAUCUUGUCAACCCUUUAGAUCUAGUAAAACCCUCAUGCUAUUGAGCUACUUAAGGGCAACAGGAUGAGCUACUUUCCAGAGCAGCUAGCUAGACUGGAACAGAGUAAACUGGGGAUGUAUCUCUAUGAGCAAUCUCAGGCCCUGAAAAACUUCAGGAAAUACCUUGAAACUUGAAAAAAUUAGAACCUCAGUCACUGUAGAUGGAGGCAAACUGCGUGGAGGGUGGAAUCAAUAGAGCGGAUCCUCUGUUCCCACAUCCCUGACCCCCCACUACCAUCAAGACAGUAUGCUUCCUGUUACUGAGCUACUGGGACUCCUGCAUUCUGGGCACAGGGCAGGCAGGAGCUCAUCAGCUCUGUUCUGCCUUCCUAAUCUCCUGGCAAGGAA